CGAGAUCAAGACGCUGCCAUGGGAAUAAAAUACUCUCCCCUCCCCCACACAAACCUCCUCACCCCUUCCCUUCACAAACUGCGAGAGAGACCACCACGACAGAAGAGGAGAAGGUAGAGAGAGAAGGGCCGGCCGUGUAGCUAGCUAACUGCUGGUAGUACGAGAGCGUACUGAUGAGUUCUUGGACUCUACACCGAAGGGUUGUCUGAAGCGAGAGGAGAAGCAACACCCGUAGGACAAGACGUGUCGGGAGGAGGAGGAGGAGGAGGCGGCCCAGGAGCAGCACCAUCGCCAUUCCUUGGUCUGGUUGCUGUUAUGAGGUGUUGGAUUUGAUGAGAGGAAUGCUCUUUGCUGGUAGCGCACGAGAGGGGCACACGGGGACACUGCUACUGCUGCAACAACAACAACAGGGGCUCGCCGCCGGCAAGGUCUCCGGCGCCGGCGGCCUCUGGGAGCCCACCUCCGUGCUCGACCACAGGCACAGCCCCAGCCCGAGCCCGCCCACCUCGGCUUCCACGCUGUCGUCGCCCCUGGGCGCCGCGACCGCCGGCGUGGCGGCCCUCGCCGGUGCUAACGCCAAGAACGUCUCCCCGCCGCCACCGGCGGCGGCAUGGCCGGGCGGAGCGGCCGGGGAGGAGGCUGCGGUGGGGGGCAAGGAGGAGUGGCAGCUCACGCCGCUUGACAUGGGCCUUGGCGCCGGCGAGGGGUGGGACGCCACCGGCUCUGUUCUGUCCGACGGCGCGGCGCCGCCGGGACUCGCCCCCGACCACACCUUCCUCAGGUGGAUCAUUGGGGGCGAGGACGCGUCCGCGGGCAUGGGGUCCGUCAUGGACCCACCGGUCCUUGAGCUCGACCACGCCCCGUCCAUGAUGUCGCCGGCGUUCGGGUCCAACAUGCCUUUCGCGCCGGCCAUGGAGGACACGAAGGCUCCGCCUUUCGGCCACGCGUCGAACCUUCUGCUCCACCAUCAUCAGCACCACCCCCAGCCACACGCGGCGUUCUUCGGCUCGCACCCGUCCUUCGACGCGGCGCCGCAGACGCCGAAGCGGCACCACCCGAUGGCCCCCGCGCCGGCGCCAAAGCUGCAGUCUUUCCCUGGCCCUGCCGCCCCGGCGGGCGGGUUCGUGCCCGCCAUGAAGCCCAAGGCGGAGGCAGCGAACGACGAGGCGGCCGCGGCGGUGGACCAGCUCGCCGAGGCGGCCAAGCUUGCCGAGGCCGGCGACGCCUUCGGCGCCCGCGAGAUAUUGGCGCGGCUCAAUUAUCGGCUCCCCGCCGCACCCCCGGCCGGGACGCCACUGCUCCGCUCAGCCUUCUACUUCAAGGAGGCUUUGCGCCUUGCGCUCUCCCCAACCGGCGAGGCCCCGGCGCCCCCGGUGUCCACGCCGUACGACGUGGUCCUCAAGCUCGGCGCGUACAAGGCCUUUUCCGAGGUGUCCCCCGUGCUCCAGUUCGCGCACCUCACCUGCGUCCAGGCGGUACUGGACGAGAUCGGCGGCGCCGGGCGCAUCCACGUGCUCGACUUCGACAUCGGCAUGGGGGAGCAGUGGGCGUCGCUGAUGCAGGAGCUCGCGCAGCGAUGCCCCGCGGCGACGCUCAAGGUCACAGCAUUGGUGUCCUCGGCGACGCACCACCCGCUGGAGCUGCAGCUGAUCCACGAGAACCUCUCCGGCUUCGCCGCCGAGCUCGGCGUCUUCCUCCAGUUCGCGGUCUUCAACAUCGACACCCUUGACCCCGCGGAGCUGGUGGCCAUUACCAGCGGCGACGCCGUCGCCGUCCACCUCCCCGUGGGCUCGGCCCACGUGGCCGCAAUGCCGGCCAUCCUUCGCCUCGUGAAGCGGCUCGGCGCGAAGGUGGUGGUCUCCAUGGACCGCGGCUGUGACCGCACGGAGCUCCCCUUCGCCGCGCACCUGUUCCAGGCGUUCCAGUCCUGCGUGUCCCUGCUCGAGUCCGUCGACGCCGUGCGCCCGGACGCCGACGCGGUCGCCAAGAUCGAGCGGUUCCUGGUCCAGCCCGGCGUGGAGCGUCGCGUGGUGGCGCGCCACCGCGCGGCGGCCAUGGACAAGCCGCCGCUGCCGUGGCGGACCGUGUUCGCGUCGGCGGGGUUCGUGCCGGUGCAGGCCAGCACCUUCGCCGAGUCGCAGGCGGAGGCCCUCCUCAAGCGGAUGGCCCUGAUGGGGUUCCGCGUGGAGAAGCGCGGCGGCGCGCUCUGCCUCUACUGGCAGCGCGGCGAGCUGGUCUCCGUGUCGGCGUGGCGGUGCUGACCACCGGCCCACGCCGCCGCACCCCGGCCGACACCGCCAGCCGUGAAUCUACCACCCAGCCCGGUUUUAGCUAGGACUAAUGAUCCUACUGCAAGCAAACAAAAAAGUAUUUUUCACCGUCGUCGUUGUAAACUUGUAAUGAUCCGAUCUGAUCACCUGCUUAUUAGUGUCCUAAAAUUGGAGUGCGUCGUCCGUCGCCUGGCUUGCAGCCCGGUCGCUCUGCUCGUGUUGAUCAGCAGAGUAGAUUGUGUUUGGAAUAGCAGGUUGUAAAAGGUAGGUGCGGUGCGGUAACCAGUGCAUUCUACCACCCGUGUUGCUACUCUGUUAUUGCUGUGAAAUCAAUCAAUGGUUAUGCCGUUUUAAACC